AUGGAGCAUCCAAGUAAGUCACCUCCCUUUCCUCAAUCUCCCUCCCUCGCCCCACUUAUCCCUGAUACCCUCUUCCAAAUAAGUCGCUUAAAAACUGAUCUUGGCUCUUUAGGAAGAGGUUAAGGGGUUGGCUGGAGAAUAGGAGCUGAGUGGUAGCCUAGGGGUAAGGGAGGGGAGAGGUGCAGGGGGAUUGGGGGUGGGGGGAUGGAGGGAGGUGGAGAGGGGGUGGAGAGGGGUGAAGGGGGAUUGGGGUAGGGAGAUGUUGGUGUUGUUAGAGAAAGUUAAACUUUAGAUUUAGUAAAAACUCUUUGUUUAUAAAUUAUUGAUGUAGAAGAAUGUGUAUAAAAAUUGAAGAAUGAUUAUAUGAAAUGCAUAAUAUCUUACCUCAAAAUAAUUAAUUAAAAUCAACCACCUUCUUCCUUGAAAUCCCCUAAAAUUCAACCUCUAGCUUAAAUUUGCAAAGAAAAUAUAGAAUUACUCACACAUUCUAAAAUUUCCAACAAAAACUAUAAACUUUCCAAAAAUGCCUCCAAACACAAAAUUUUCAAUUUUCUAAAAAUUACACUAAUUUUAGGAAGAAGAAAGCAAAAAGCACAACUUGUAGGGAGAAAUAGAAAAAUUUGCAUGAAAAGUAUAUGACUACGCAAACCACAAAUCCCAACCAAACAUUUAUUAAGUCCUUCAGCGAAUCAUCGAUCAAUAGUUCAAGCACAAGAGUCGAAAGCUCUUUGUAGCUCGAGCAUUGGAAAAAGUAGGAUGCCAUUCUUGGAUUUAAAGAGCAAAGGAAGUUUCAAGAAAAAAAAAAUGAGACUACAUCAUAACAAAAUGUCAAAUAAUAGACGGAUUUUCUCUGAAAGCCCUUCCAACACUCCAGUAGGAUUAAUAAUCCAAUCUCGACCUCUUUCUUUCUGCUCGUUUGUAAAAGAAGACACUGAAUUUUACAACAACUAACAAAGCCAGAAAUCCAGUCAAUAACCCAAUAUUUUCACCAAAAAUUACACCCCAACCCUAUCCCAAAAUUCCCCAAAACCCCCACCGCCCCACCACCCCCUCUAAUCCCUGCUCAAUCUUCACCAACCAGACAAUCCUCCACAAAAUCGCCCCUGGCGAGUCCUACCGGCACAAAAUAAAAGGAAUCGUCCUCGCUUCCAAACUAAAACACCGCAGCAACAUCUCCCUCACCCAGACCCGCCUCCGCAGCGGCAGCUGCCUCUCUAGUCCUAUUUCCAUUUAAAAUAACCCUGUUUUC